UGAGUGGUGCCUACAUGCAUAUGUACUGUCUUCUGGCUGCUACGAGGAGAUAGUUCUCGGCAUCUUCCCAUUGCAAACGAAAAAGUACAUAUCAACAACCUCAACUUGGACUUCAUUACUUCACCAAAAUCAUAAAGCUAGCCACGGCCCUAUAAAUAUAAGUAUAUGAGAAGGGGGUUUUAUAAAUUGUAAUUCAUAUAAAAAGUUUGGAUAUAUGUUUAAUUAAAGGUCUUCAAAGUUUCCAUAAUGUCAAAAGCAGGGGCAAAGAAUGAAGAGGCAACAGUAGUAGCUAUAGAUACUGAAACUGAAAACAGAAAGGAUGGAGAAGAGAUGAACAGUGGUUGGAUGAGACCAGGAGAUGUUGAUUUUGUAAUGAUUGUCGUAACAUUCAUUGCAGCCGUGGCAUUCCAAGUAGGAACAAACCCACCGGGCAGUGUAUGGCAAGAGGACAAGAAUGGCUUUACUGCAGGUAAAUCAAUAAUGGCAUCAAAAUCACCUUCUGAGUACAAAAAAUUCAUGGCGGGAGUGACAUUAUGUCUUUCAUUUUCGUUGAUCCAGUUAAGUGUGAUGUUAUUCAGAUGGUACCUCAAAACUUAUUCAGUUAGGAGAAUGAUUAUGUAUGUACUGAUGCUAUGUACAAUAGCGCCAAUGAUUGUUUCCUUUUGGGCCUCUGUUAAAGCUUUGACACCUGAUGAAAAAAUAAUGUCUGAGAUCACUGCUACCAUAUGGUCUAGUUUGGGACUCUAUCUUAUAAGCCUUCCAUUUAUUCUACUUUACUACCUAGUCAAGAAAUUCUUGUGAGUUAUAUCAUUUUCCUAAUGUGUUUUUUAUCUUGUAUUAAUUUCCUUUAAUUCUUAAAAAAAAAACUUCAAUGUAAUUUGUUUAAUUUUCUUAAGUUUCGAGUCGAUGAACUUUUCAAUGUAAUUUGCUUCCUUUUAAGUUUUGAGUUAAUAAACUUUAAUUGUGAUUUA